AUCGUGUUCAAGGACGUGGCGGGCUGUGACGAGGCCAAGACCGAGAUCAUGGAGUUUGUGGACUUUUUGAAGAACCCCAAGAAGUACAUCGACCUGGGGGCCAAGAUACCCAAGGGGGCUCUGCUGGUGGGUGCCGUACAGGGGCCAGCGAGUGCCGUACUGGGCGGCGGGAGAGCGGUGGAAAAGAUGGGAGUAUGGCAGUGUGUGUGUGGGGGGGGGGACCAUACCCGGGGGUUGGGGGAGGAGGAGGGAAGAAUCGCCACGGACGCCUUUCGGUCAGCCCGCAACCAGAACCCCUCCAUCAUCUUCAUCGACGAGAUUGAUGCCAUUGGUCGGGCUCGCGGUCGCGGGGGCGCCAUGGGGGGCCACGACGAGCGGGAGAACACACUGAACCAGCUGCUGGUGGAGGUG